AUAAAUACAACUAGCUGGCAAUAAAACCGAGAGUCAAAAGAAAUUUGCGCUAUGGACUUAAAAUUAAUUAUCAUGUGUCUUUUCGUCAGUACGUAUGCACAGCAGUAUGAUACUGAAGAGAAACCAGGCAGAUGCCCCUCACCAUAUCUUAGAAGGCUUUGCUUUUGUGUUUCGCGACAUCCGGAAUGUUACAGUGACUACGACUGCCCUGAAAGACAAAAGUGUUGUGACCAGGGGUGUGGGUGUCCGCAGAGGUGUGUAAACCCAGUCCGAAGACCAGACAGACAAGGAAAACACAUAACGUGUUACCAGCCAAAAGAGGUUGGACUUUGUAGAGCAGCAAUCCGAAGAUGGUGGUAUAACAGACGAACCAAACAGUGCGAGACAUUUAUCUACGGUGGUUGUGGGGGAAAUGGAAACAAUUAUAAGACAAAAAGACAAUGCGAACAGCGCUGCAAACGAGCCAAUAGUUACCUCCCCGGCCGUCGUUAACAGCUACAACACAAGGAAUGACGACUUCAACAUCUAUGAAUAAAUUGC